AACGCUUCUUCUACAGCUGCAGCCACCUCGGUAGCUCGCCAGAUAAAGUCGGAACAUUCAAGUUCUUUGGGACAAUUUCGUGGUUUAUUUGCCACUAUGAUUUAAACAUACUUAUGUGGAAACAACUAGCUACCCCAUUUAAUUUAAUAUUCACGUUGUAAAUCAGUUAGCUGGCUGGUUAAGUUUGCACUAAUCUAGUCGCUAAUGCUAACUAGCAAUUAUCCCCGACCAUGAGUUCACUAAGCUUCUCUCCUCCUUCGAAAGAAGAGGUCUGCUGGACGGAGAAAGAGGGUCUCGUCAAAGAGGAGGAGGCUGUUACAAUACAAGAACAAGUAGAGGGCGAGGUUGUUACCGUGAAAGAAGAAGAGAAAGACGCAUUCAGAGUGAAAGAGGAGGAGGAUGUUACUGUGAAAGAAGAGGAGAAUGUUACUGUGAAAGAAGAUGAGGAUGUUACUGUGAAAGAAGAGGAGGAAGAUGCAGUUUUUGGAGUGGAGGAUGAAGUGAAAGAAGAUGAAGACGUUUUUGGAAUGAAGGAUGAAGAGGGGGAGAUUACUGUCACAUUAGAGGAGGAAGAAGAAGAGAAGACUGGAGAUCUGAUUAACACCAGUAAAUACAUGACACUGACUCCUUAUGGGAGCCCCCAGUGCCAAGGUGUCCAUCCCCCACGGAAGCUGGUUCAUCCAGCUCCUGCCACAAGUGGUGUUCAUCUGCCCAAAUUUAUUUCUGCAUGCAUGGAUGUGCCUCAUGGCCAAAAGCGCAUAGCACGGAGGCGUCGCUGUGUUCUUUGUAAAAUGAAGUCCCCCAUCACCUGCACCACAUGCUUAGUGACCCUCUGCUUUACAGCAGAAAGAGACUGCUAUGGCACCUGGCAUCAGCAGCACAAUAUUGUGUAGAGGACUGAGGGUCUUCCAAAUAUUGAAAGUGUUAUUUUGUAAAUGUAAAUGUAUUUUUAUUUUUCAUUCUUUGGGGUGGUGUUAGAAUACCAUUUUGGUAUUCUGUAUAUAGUUAUUCCAUUCAAAAUGUAUAACUUCACCAAUUUGGCAACUUGGGUACAUUUGAGCUACUUGUGUGGGACACCUGGGUAACUUCAGGAUAGAUGUCAUGUAAGCACACUCAUUUUGGAAGUUAUCAUUCUGAAAAUUUGCACAAGUACUGUUGCCCUCUUGUGUUUUUCACUCAAAUUGUCCUCAUCAUCCUAUCUGAAUGUUUGUUUUGUCUUGUUGAUUUUAAAGAUGAUGAUACAAUUUAUAAUACAAUGUAUUAUCUAAACCAGAUCUAUUGUGUUAUAUUCUCCUACAUUCAAUUCACAUUUACACAAACGUCAGAAUGUUUUCUUUCAAAUGAAAUCAAGAAUAUGCAUAUCCUUGGUUCUGAACCUGAGCUACAGGCAGUUAGAUUUGGGUAUGUCUUCAGGCAGAAAUUGAAAAAAGUAGGAGGGUAACUGUAGGAGGUUAACUUUAUUGACAACACCCAAAUGUAUACUGUCAUUAAUGUGGUUCUUCAAUAAUUACACAUAAUUGUUAAUACUGUAGCUGUUUAGUUACAGUCACAUGUUCAACUAUCAUCAGCUGAUCCAGGGAAUCAUUUUCUGAAUGACAAUGACAUGACAAACAUCACGACAUGCAUCAACAGCCAAAGUGCUUCUUCAUUCAUUACUCUGGUAAAGACAGUUAUGCCGUGCUCCAUGUUGGAUCCAACAUCCCUAACAGAUUGGUGUUUAUAAUGUUAGUGUCUGCUUGAUUUACAGUAGGGUCUCGUUAGUCUGUUUUCACACAGAGAUACUUAGCUCAUAAUGUGUAGAGAACUGUUCCUUGAUGGAAAGGCUGUUGUACAACACACAGAGCUAUUUUCCUAUAUUUAUUGUUAAGGUCCUAGAGUACACUAUGUAUGUCAUGCAACAACAACCAAAGUGCUUCUUCAUUCAUUACAGAGGUAUAUUUGUUGUUUGGUGAAGUUAUGGGCCAAUUUGGCAAACUGUACAAACCCUCAUUGUCAGGCUGAUGGAAAAGCUAGCAAAAGAGUAUUUUACUGGUUGAAGUGUUUUUUAAGGUCAAAGCGUUUGAUUUGCAAUGAUGACACAAACAUUAUAUUAAGCAGGACAUUCAAACGAGCCUUACAAUUAUAAUCCAAAGCAGUAUGAAAUGCACUCAUAAGCAACCUGGAAAUGGAGGUUACUCCCCUAAGUUUUCCCCUAUUCACAUUCAGAAUACAUUGUGAAAAACUUUAUCUUUGCUCACCAUUUAAGAUAUACUACAUCCAUAACUAGUGGUUUCCUCAUUAGCAGGGAGGUGUUUCCACAACUAAAUUGCAUGUGCAUCACCAUCGUGCCGCAAUUUUAGCAAACACAGAAAGGGGCCCAUAUUGGAGACCAAAAGUCAUCUGGCACACUGCUUAGAGUUUCAACAACAUGAAUAACUUAUUUCUAGCCUACAAUCAUCAAUGUUAGUACUAAUGUGAAAACAAGACAAAAUAUGACUCUUCUUGCUCAUUUUAAGACAAAUAUCAAAUAAUCAUUACAUUCAUUACAGGCGUCAAUUGUUGUACAACAUCAUGGCUACACUGUUGGCAUCACCUUUAACAGUGGAUUUCUGCUGGUGUGGGCCUUCAACCAUCUG